ACGGGUCCGUAGUUGCGCGCGAGUUCCGCCAGGCCGAGAGGGCGUGGCUACGCCCAAGGAGAGACGUCCGUAAAACUUUUUUUAUCGGGAGUCCCUCACACACACAUACAUGCGCGCGCACACACCCCUUCUCUUCUUCUUCCUCCCUUUCGAACGCCACGCCCCCUUCCCCCUGGUGUCGCGGCGCUUCCUCCGCCUUGCCCUCCCCAACUCCUUUAAGGAAGGCUCCGCGAGAUCAACAAGCAACAGCUGAGGCGGCGCGCGCGCGCAAGCGAGAGAGCGCACGCGCCCCCUCUCUUCCCUUCCGCCCCCCUCCCGACCCCUCCCCCUCACGGCCGUUUCCUCACGGAGCCGCCGCCGCUGCCAGCGGUGGCUCCCGCGCUUGCGAGCGCGGCCCCGCGUCCGUCCGUUUGUUUCCCCUGCCGUCCGUCGUCCGUCCCUCCGCCCCGCCCAGUGGCAGGAUCGAUUCCCGGGGCAGGGCCGGGGCCGGGCCGGGCUGGCGUAAGAUGGAGGGUCUGACGCUGAGCGAGACCGAGCAGCGCUACUACUGCGACCUCUUCUCGUACUGCGACACCGAGAGCACCAAGAAAGUGGCGUCCAACGGGAGGGUCCUCGAGCUCUUCCGCGCCGCGCAGCUGCCCAGCGAGGUGGUCCUGCAGAUCAUGGAACUUUGUGGUGCAACAAGACUUGGAUACUUUGGAAGAAGCCAAUUCUACAUUGCUUUGAAACUGGUUGCAGUGGCUCAGUCUGGGUUUCCACUGCGAAUGGAAAGCUUGAAUUCUGUCAAGGACCUCCCCCUGCCCAGAUUUGUCAUGUCAAAGAAUGAGCAGGAACUGAGGCAUUCAUCGUUGUAUUCUUCAGAUCCUGAUAACCCAUCCUCCUAUUCAGGUGCGAUUCCUCCCCCACCAGGUAGAAUACAAGUUAAAAAAGGCUCUGUGAGCCAUGAUGUCGUCCAGCAACGUCCAACGACAGAUCAACAGGAGUCCACAUCUCCCGUUGUUUCACCGCAGCAAUCUCCACCAACCUCUCCGCACACAUGGAGGAAGCACAGCCGCCAUCCCAGCGGAGGAAAUAAUGAGCGACCAGGGCCUUUUUGGGCUCCCUUUAGCGAAGCACAAGCAGAAAAGCCGAUGAUACGUGUAUUUCAGAGGUGUGCUGGCUGUGUUGACUGGCGAUGGACGCCUCCAUUAGGGGAAAGCGCCACUCCAGUAUUAAGAACACGGCGUUAUUUUGGUUUAAGAACGAGACCUUCCAGAACAAACGGAUUAAGCUUUCUGUUAGUAUUUGAUACAUCGUUUCUGGGCAAGCGCACCAGAAUUCCAACGGAGAGUGUGCUCGAUGGUGUCUCAUAUUGCUUGAGAUCUCAUUCCAGAGGAUCUCCAGCCUCCCCAACCACCGCACAACAAGAAAACUGGGACCAGACAACAGUCCGAACUGUAGCAUCAGUUACUACAACAAAUGAAAUUCGUAGGCAAUCAAGUAGUUAUGAUGAUCCUUGGAAAAUAACAGAUGAACAAAGGCAAUAUUACAUAAAUCAGUUUAAAACCAUUCAACCUGAUCUAAACGGAUAUAUUCCAGGUUCUGCAGCUAAAGAAUUUUUUACAAAAUCAAAACUUCCUAUUCUUGAACUUUCGCACAUUUGGGAGCUGUCGGAUUUUGAUAAAGAUGGUGCAUUAACACUGGAUGAAUUCUGUGCUGCUUUCCAUCUAGUAGUUGCUAGGAAGAAUGGCUAUGACUUGCCUGAGAAACUGCCUGAAAGUUUAAUGCCCAAACUGAUUGAUUUGGAGGACUCAGCAGUGGUUCCUGUUUCAGAAGCAGGGGAUCAGUCUGGUGAGGUAGGUUAUGCAAGUUCACCAGCAGAAGCACCUCCAAGCAAAUCACCGUCAAUGCCAUCACUAAAUCAAACAUGGCCUGAGCUGAAUCAAAGCAGUGAGCAGUGGGAGACAUUUAGCGAACGCUCCUCAAGCUCACAAACUCUGACCCAAUUUGAUUCUAACAUUGCACCAGCUGAUCCUGAUACUGCUAUUGUUCAUCCUGUUCCUAUUAGAAUGACUCCAAGCAAAAUUCAUUUGCAAGAAAUGGAACUUAAAAGAACUGGAAAUGAUCACACAAAUCCCACGAGUCCUUUACUUGUAAAAUCACCUGAUCUUGUAGAAGAACGUAAAAUGAGUUCAUCUGCAAAAUUUGUAGGAGGAAAUACAGUUGAUGGUUACAGCAGCUCAGAUUCCUUUACUUCUGACCCAGAACAUAUUGGAAGCACUGUAACAAGACAACGAUCACAUUCAGGGACGUCUCCCGACAAUAUAGCUCCUCCACCACCACCACCAAGGCCUCACCCUUCGCACUCAAGAUCAUCAUCUUUAGAUAUGAACAGAACCUUCACUAUUACUCCAGGUCAACAGCAAACUGGAGCGAUUGCCUACCCCCCUGCAGUGCCUCCAAGACCUCCACCCACACAGGCUGGAGCUCAUGUUCACCGUUCAUCAGAUGCUGAAGGUCUAAUAGCACACACCAGUACCUCACCUCAGCAAAUACCAGAACAGCCAAACUUCGCAGAUUUUAGCCAGUUUGAGGUUUUUGCUGCAUCAGGUGUAAAUGAAGAAGAGGAUGAUGAAACUGAGAAACAACCAGAGGUUUUGCAGGUAGAAAAAACACCUGAUUCUGCUGGGCCUCUUAGAGUUGCCAAAGGUGAUGGAAGACUUGAAGACAAAACAGUUUCUAGUACGCCUGCAAAUACGGGCAAAGGUACAACGCCUCUGGCACCGCCACCAAAGCCUAUACGCAGAAGGCCAAAAUCAGAAGAUGAGCUGAGACCGGAAGCUGAGGAGCAAACACAGAAAACAGGUGUCAUAGCUGCUGUUCUUGCUUCACAGCCAUCUAUUCCUAGAUCGGUGGGAAAGGACAAGAAGGCUAUUCAGGCAUCAAUCAGACGCAAUAAAGAGACCAAUACUGUUUUGGCCAGACUGAAUAGUGAAUUACAGCAGCAAUUAAAGGAUGUUCUUGAAGAGAGAAUUUCGCUGGAAGUUCAACUGGAGCAGCUUCGACCCUUCUCUCACUUAUAAGCCAAUUGCCAUUAACUGUGAAUUAAUUAACUCUGAAAGGGGAAAUUGGGUAAAAGGCCUAAUUAAAGACCCAUAUGUUCAGCUCAGUGCACUCUUAACAUUUUUUUGUGAUUGUUUUGUCCUCUGUCCACAGUUGUAUUUAAGUAACUUUUAUAAUUUUAAUACAAAGAAUGGAAUAAUUGUUUCCUUGAAUGUUCUAUAUAUUGGCACUGCCAACCUUCCCAUUUUGUUGGGAGGACACAUUUUUAAUUUGGAGCGAAGUUUGUACAGCUUCAAUGGCCUAGAUCCCAAACUGAACUUGAUUACCUUAUGAAUUUUCUAUAUUUCAUGUCAAAGAUCAUGACUAAAAAACAUCCCAGAUAUCUACUUUUUAAACACAGAAGCACAUGCUUUUAAACACCUUUCUUUUGAUUGUGUAAGAGAAGGUUAACCAGCUGUGGUCAUCAGUUUUUCCUUUUCCGAGUCGCAUUUUGCAAUCCAUCUGAAAUUUCAGGCAGCCAUUUUGAUUCAUUUUGCGCCUUCCAAGUGCCACAAAUACCUUUUUUUUGUUUUCAGACUACCUUGCCAUACCAAAUGCAUUUGGUUGUCUUUUCCUCUUUAUGUACUUUGUAUGUGGCCACAGCUUGACAUUUGUUUCAAUGUUUCCAUUCAUGACUGUCAUUUUUCAGCAUGCACGUAAGUGCAUACCUUCUGUGAAAGGAUUGGGUGUUGAUCUCUCUGCCAUGCACAUUUCCUGAACACCAACCGUAGUUGCAUGCUUUGCACAUUUACCCUUUUAUUAACUGGCACAUCCAACAGACUUUACUGUAACACACUAUGGUCAAUAAAUGUGUCAGUACCUCAACUCUUCUUUCCCAGUCCCCUGAAAACUAUUUUUGUUCCUCAGAAGGUUCGCUUCAUCUCUCCAAGCCUUAUUCUUCUGGCUUGCAGACAGGCUUCAUUAACACAGUUUCCUGAGUGUAUCCUGCUAUUCAGGUUGAUGUACUGUAUUAGGAUUUGUUGUAUAUUGUAUAAUACACACCUUUUGAUCUCAUAUGUAAAUUUGCAUUAAUGCUGACUAACAGCAGAUAUUCUAUUUAAUGGCUUAUUCUGGCUGUGGGAUCAUAGAUGUUAAACUGCAUGGAUGUAUCUCAGCAGAAUCAGAACUAGCAAUUGUGUGAUUUUUACACCAAUAAAACAGCACAAUAUUUUAA